AUGACAAGCCCAGGGAAGGCAGACGAGCCGGACCGGACGCUUUUCGUGGGGAACUUGGAGAGCCGCGUGCAAGAGGAGAUUCUCUACGAGCUUUUCCUGCAGGUGCAAGGGACGGCGGGGCGGGGCCACCUUGGCAGGUGGGCAGGGCGAUCUGGAAGUGGGCGGGGCUGGCGAGCCGUCGGCUGCAGGGAAGAGGAAUGCUUACAAGGAGCAGCAGGUGGAAGAUUUUUGUCAGGAGUUUUAAAUUCGCAGUAUGAAGCAAGGCUUCAGUCCUUUUCCAUUCCAUCGAGGAUGUGUGAAAUGUACCAAGAGGUGCCUUAAACAAAAUAAAAUGGAAAGAUAAAAUAGUCAUCAGAAGCUAGGUUUGCCUGAAAUAGGGCUUUAUUUAUUUAUGUUUUUUUUCUUGUAAAUAUUCAGGAAGCUUGAUAUUCAGGGUGGCUGGUCAGUUCUCAAGGUGAUUGAAAAUAAAGGCAAUACAAAAUGAAAACUAUGACCAUGUUCUUAAAACCCAAAAGGGUUGUCACCUUUUUCUCCAUGUUAGGACUGUGGUGCUUUUGGUACACCAGGCAAAAAUUUAAAAAGUGAAGCUUUUUGAAGCACAGACGUAAAAUUAGGUGAAAUGCUACAUUUAUUUUCAUGUGGCCUGCAAGCCCUGUGGGGGUUGGACUAGAUGACCCUUGGGAUCCCUUCCAACUCUAAGAUUCUAUUAUUCUAUGUUCUCCCCAUCUUCUCAAAAAUUCUCAGACAACCACUGAAAGCAAUGGGAGUGGAAGUAAAGGAAGGAAAUGUGAUUGAUAAACAUAUUAAAUGUUGGGAACUUCCCAGAGAAUGGUUGCAAUCUUAGGUGGAAAGGGCCUCUUUCUUUGUUUCCCAGGUGUCAGAUAAUUCAUACAUACUUGCUAUCAAUCAUUGCUUUCCAGUUUUAAUCACAAUUUAAUCAUGGUUCUUGUGUUUUGGCAUGCCAAGCAACUGAUAAUAGCUUACCACACCCUUAACAAUAAACACAAAAUAAAUGGGGGAAGGUUCAUGGUUUCCUUAUGUUUCUUCGUCAGGCUGCUAGCAUCUUGUUUGGACUUAUCCCUCUUUCUACAGUGAUAUUGCUGGAAGACUUUUCCUUCGUUCUGUGUGCUUCAUAUCCUUCCCAUUUUGGUUUUCUUGCUUCUACAUGGAUACUUACCGUAUUUUUUGCUCUAUAAGACUCACUUUUUCCCUCCUAAAAAGUAAGGGGAAAUGUGUGUGCGUCUUAUGGAGCGAAUGCAGGCUGCACAGCUAUCCCAGAAGCCAGAACAGCAAGAGGGAUUGCUGCUUUCACUGUGCAGCGAUUCCUCUUGCUGUUCUGGCUUCUGAGAUUCAGAAUAUUUUUUUCUUGUUUUCCUCCUCCAAAAACUAGGCGCGUCUUGUGGUCUGGUGCGUCUUAUAGAGCAAAAAAUACGGUAUAUUUUAUAAAGCAGAAAUGCUUUCAUCUCCAGUAGCACAGCACAAAUAAUCAAUGACGGGAAAGUUCUGCUUGUUCCCACCUUCACUAAAUUGGCACCUAAUAGCUUUCUGAUAACUUUGUUACAUGCAUAUGAUUCACCCAUUCUUUGUACCAUAGAGCUGGUAAAACAAAAAUAAUGGUAAAUUAGAUGUUUUAAAGCUUUAAAAAUCUAGCUGUGCCUGUAGCUUGCUUGAGCAGGUAUUUUUAUUUAUUUAUGAACAGGGAGAUCUACAUGUUAAAAAGAACAAGCACCAGAAUACUUGAUUUGCUACUUCCACUCCUUGAAGAACUCCAUCAUCUGCAGUAGGCAACCUUGAACACCAGACUGGAAAAAUGUUGCUUCAGGGAAACUUGUCUUUUCUGGGGUGGGGCAGUGGGAUAAAACAAACAUUGAUUCUCCUUGGAAAAGCUGAAGUUAUGACUCUGUCAGAUGUGAUGUUUACUUUUAAAACAUUGGAAAAUGUAUAGAGCCAUUAUGUUGAGCAGCAACUGAUAUUUGACACUAUUGAAUACUGGCAAAAUACAAAGACAUCUAGCUUGUUUUCUGUGAGUUGUCACACAUUCUUAUCACAUGUCCCCUUUCAGUUUCUUCAUCAAGACAGAAGUGGGUUUUAUUGAUUAAUUCAGCAAAUCUCUGUUUUCACAAGUUACUCCCUGAAUCUGUUAUAAUGAAGAGAUGCUGAAGAUCCAUAUAAUUUCAUUUUUACUAGUUUUUAAUAUAUACCGAUCCCUCAAUCAUAUUUCACCAGUAUACACAGCAGUUAAAAGAAGGAACACUGUAUGUUUAUAGUAAGAACAUAAGAACAGUCAGCUGUAUCACACCAACGGCCAAUGGAGUCAAACAUCCUGUUCUCACAGUGACCAACCAGAUGCUUGUGGGAAACCUGUUUUCACAUGGGCAUUCUGCUGGAUUUCAUAUAAAGCCUGAGGAGUAAAUGUGAACAGGAUUAAAGGUAAAGGUAAAGGUACCCCUGCCCGUACGGGCCAGUCGUGUCCGACUCUAGGGUUGUGCGCCCAUCUCAUUUAAGAGGCCGGGGGCCAGCGCUGUCCGGAGACACUUCUGGGUCACGUGGCCAGCGUGACGAAGCUGCUCUGGCGAGCCAGCACCAGCGCAGCACACGGAAACGCCAUUUACCUUCCCGCUAUAAAGCGGUACCUAUUUAUCUACUUGAACUUAAGAGUGCUUUCGAACUGCUAGGUGGGCAGGAGCUGGGACCGAAUGACGGGAGCUCACCCCGCCGCGGGGAUUCGAACCGCCAACCAUGCGAUCGGCAAGCCCUAGGCGCUGAGGUUUUACCCACAGCGCCACCCGCAUCCCAACAGGAUUACACACACACAAAAAGCCUGAUUAAUCAUUCUGCUCUUUGGGCUAUAGACUCAUCUCUGCCUGACAAGAGCUUCUGCUCAUUUGAAGAGUGUCAGAAUUUCUUCCUCUUAUUUCCCUUGCUAAUCUAGCACAGAAAAAGAAGAUCAAGAUACGGUCUAUUAACCAACAAUUGGUUCAAUCUCUUCUUGGAUAGCUCUUAUAUUUACUUGUAGAUCCUUCUGCAGUUUUACACUUCCUUGUUGUUUGUACCGUAUAACUCAUGUACAGCAAUCAAAUUUCAACUGCUCCAAAAUAAACAGCCAGAUGUGUAGAGUUCAAGUAACUCCUGUUCUAAACCACAUGUACUGGUUUCAGGUUCAUUUCUGGGCCCGGUUCACUGUGCUCACAUUAGUGUUUAAAUCCCUGAAUGAUUUAAUCCCCAAAUAUUUGAAAGACUGCUCCUUUCUCUACAGGUCUUCUUGGGUAUUAAGAUCAGCAGAGGGAGCCCUCUUGGUAUUUUCACCAGCCUCAGAAGUUCACGGAAUGGCAGCCUUGAACAGGGCAGUCUUUGUGGCAGUCCCUAUGCUGUGGGAAUCCCCCCUCCCCCCCAAAGGAAAGGCACCUUCAUUAUGUAAUUAUGCUGAAGACACACCUCUUGACCCUGGUCUUUGACACCUGAGAUUUAUAUAUAGAGGACCCACCUUAUUCUCUUGACUGUAACAGGUUUAAAGGUAAAGGUAAAGGGACCCCUGACUAUUAAAAGUCCACUUGCUGACGACUCUGGGGUUGCGGUGCUCAUCUCGCUUUACUGGCCAAGGGAGCCAGCGUUUGUCCACAGACAGCUUCUGGGUCAUGUGGCCAGCAUGACUAAUCCGCUUCUACUUGCACUUUGACGUGCUUUCGAACUGCUAGGUUGGCAGGCGCUGGGACCGAGCAAUGGAAGCUCACCCCAUUGCGAGGAUUCGAACCGCUGACCUUCCAAUCGGCAAACCCUAGGCUCAGUGGUUUAGACCACAGUGCCACCCGCAUCUGUGGUAACAGGUUUACAACAGUGUUAAUACUGUAUUUUAAAAUUGCUGUAGGGCUCAGAGACCUUAUGGUGAAAGGUGGGUAAGAAAUAACAACAAUUUAUUAUAUUUUGGACUGCCUACAUAUAUCCCCAAAAAAUCCUUAAGUGCUUUGCUAGUUGCCACAGUCCAUGUAAAUUGGAUUGAUAAGCUAAACAGAAUAAAAUGUAUGAAUAAAAUGUGAGAUAUGCAGACUUUGAAUAUGUCAUGAAAAUCUUUGUAUAUUAAAGUAAAAUUACAGCAUAAUGGCAUGUGUUUGUUGCAAUGCUGAAAUAGCUGGUACCCAAUAUUAUAUACCUUUUUUCCCCUUCUGGUCCAGUAAGCCUUAGAAUCAGCAAACAAACAGCUAUUUCCUUCCUGGGAUUUAUGAGAAAGUAAUGCUUAAGUUUCUUGCAGGCUGGACCGGUAACCAAAGUGACCAUAUGCAAGGACAAAGAUGGAAAACCCAAGACUUUUGGAUUUGUCUGCUUUAAACACACAGAGUCAGUGCCUUAUGCCAUAGCUUUGCUGAAUGGGAUUCGUUUAUACGGAAGACCAAUUAAAGUGCAAUAUCGGUUUGGUAGGUUUAGCUACCUGCCAAAAAAUUUUUUUUACAAAACCUGGGCAUAUAAUGCACAAUCAUGAUGUGAAAAGUGAUUGUUACUAUGUUAGUGGAUCCAUAUUUAAUGCAUUUAAAAAAAACAAUUCUGAGAGUAUAAAAAUUCUCAAACUAAUUGGUAUAUUGCAUUUUUACCCUUUAAGACAUCCCACUUUCGCAAGAAGGUAGAAAAAAAAAUCCUGAUAUCACAGUAAAAAUGUGAUCAGGUAAUAGAUAUAUUCUUUUGGGAAUCAAUAAUAAAUGAGAGCUGAAUCUUACAAUCUUAUAUUAUAUCUUAUAUAAUGUAUACAAUCUUAUAUUAUUAUUUUACAGUCUGUACUUUGUUACCCUCCUAGCAGAGUGCAACAUUGUAAUGUGUACACUUGAAACUGCUGGUCUUUUUCAAAUUCCUUUAGUUUAGACUUUCAAAAUGUCUUUAUACAAAACUCCCCCCUCCCUCUAUUAUGUCCAUGUAGCAGGUUGGAUGCAGCAUUGUUCUGUAAUCUUUCUAUCAAAACUAUGGUGUAAUUUUUCCAUUUUUUUCAAUAGAAAACUUGAAAUAUGUAGUGGCUACCAAUAUUAUAAAUUAGUAAUCUAGUUUUUCCUUGAAGAGUUGUCAGCCUGUUAUGUUAUAAUCUGCAAAUCCUUUUUUAUCACUGCUAAUCUCUAGUGAAUCUCCAUGACCACUUGCAAGUUGAAAUAUAUCAAUAAAUCACAGUUAUUCAGAAACUUACCUUGGCCAGGAUCCAUAUAACGUCUUGGUUUCACACAAGGACCUUGUGCUUUAGCCUGGGAAAACUUGUAAUAUUUGUUCUUUGAACGUAUCUGGCCAACAUGAUAAAUCAUUAACUGUUUUUGAACCUUUCAGUCAUUUCAAUAGCAGUCUGCCAUAUGCUAUUAAAGACUGCCGUUUGAGAAAAAAACUAGUCUAGAACCCAUUUUUUUAAUUGUUCAGGGAAGUUUUUAAUAUUUGAUGUUUUAUUCUGUUUUUAAUCUGUUGGGAGCUUCCCAGAGUGGCUGGGGAAACCUAGCCGGAUGGGCAGGGUAUAGAAAAUAAAUUAUUAUUAUUAUUAAUUCAUGGGGAUCCAACUAAAGCUGCAGUCCUAAUUUAGUCCAUGACUAAAAAAAAGUCACAUCAAAUUCAGUGGGGCUUAUUCCCCAGUAAGUGGAAUUGGGUUUGCAGUCUCAGUCAUAAUCAGAGAACCACUGGAAGCAAUAGACAGGUACAGUGGUACCUCGGGUUACAGACGCUUCAGGUUACAGACGCUUCAGGUUACAGACUCUGCUAACCCAAAAAUAGUACCUUGGGUUAAGAACUUUGCUUCAGGAUAAGAACAGAAAUUGUGCGGUGGUGGUGCAGUAGCAGCAGCGGGAGGCCCCAUUAGCUAAAGUGGUACCUCAGUUUAAGAACAGUUUCAGGUUAAGAACAGACCUCCAGAAUGAAUUCUUAACCUGAGGUACCACUGUAUUCAGUGGAUCUGCUCUUGAGUAUAGCCUGAAUAUUACCCCGAUUCUUGGAGACCAAUAAAGAACUUACCAUUGGGGCUUGCUAUGAUAAAAAUGUUUCCCAUAUUAACUGCUGAAUAAUGUGCCCCUAAAUGAAAUCAUUUUCCAUUUAAAAAGUUUGCAUAAAAGUAGAUUUGACUUUGUGAAUGGAAGACUCCAGGAGAAGUUUGGCAGGAUUGACUGGGUUUUUGGAGAUGGGUGGAAAUUGUAUUGGAUAGGUUAUGCACUUGGUUUUAACUUUAAUAGGUGUUUACAAUAAACUAAUUAUAGUAGUAUGAUUGCUGAAUUUUGUUUCUAUAUUGGACUUCUUUUCUAUAUUGUAAAGUAUGUUAAGUGUUCAGAAAAAAAAUGAAAUCAACUCUCUUGACUAGACCAAUUUUAAUCAUUUUUUAAAUUAUUAUUAUUCCAUUCAUAGGGAGUUCCCACUGUGUAGAGUUAAUCAAUCAUUGCCAGAAUGUGGAACAUGAUAUACAGUCAUCAACACACAGGUAAUGGCUUUUUUCCAGUAUAAAAAUAUCAUGGAGUUUAGUUUAGACACAAACUCUGAUCUGAUGCCCAAUAUUAUGUGGUAUGUGUGCAGUCAAAGUAUAGACUAAGCUUCCAAAAUGUUCAGUUUCCCACCCCCUUCUAGUGCCAUAUCAAUUUUAGCUCCCUAAAGCAAUAAUCCAAUCACAUUUGCAUUCUGAAUUAGUUCCUAAAUUAUGAUUAUGUUCAGCCACAAAAUUUAAGCUGGGAGGGGCAAGAAAGAGUGGGAGGGUAUGGGCAAGACAAAAUAUUCCCAGGCUGUCACAGUGAAGAGGUCCAUAUCCCAUUAUGGCAGUGGGGUCCACACAGGACCCAGCAAAUUCUGUGCUGGCCCUGCCCCCAUUGUAGCAGUUGUCAUUUGGGCAGGUGCAUCUGACCACUCCUCCCUGACAGUGGAGACUGGCAGAGCUGGGCAGGGCUGGGUUGCUCUGCUACACUUCAAAUCUGUACAAAUUUAUCUGGGAGUAAAUCCUGCUGAACAUGCAAAGGACUGUGUUGUAAAGAGCCCAAAUCACAUCUAUAUAUGUAUGUAUUGAAAAAUGAGUAAAUCUAUUAGCAUUCACUCACCAUAUCUCCCUACUUGCUCUUUUUAUAGGAAUUUAGAGCCCUAUGGUAGUACUCCAUUACCUCUAAGUCCUUUUCAGGUGAAUAAUAGCCCACCACAGGAUUAUUCUGCCUUUCAGAACAUGGUAAGAUUGAAAUAAUGAUCACAAAUCUAUCACAACAAUAGAGACACUUCAUAGGAUGUGUAAUGGAAGGGGGAACUGCCAAACACACAACUUGUGGAAACUCUUUCCCCCUUUCCCAUGCUAUGGCUUUAGUUAUGAACCUGUACCCAUACCUGAGCAGCCGCUUAGUGAAGCCAAGAUUAUAGCUGGCAAUCUGCCCCUCUGUGCCAGCUGUGCCAACAUCCUUCCAGAAACAGAAAUUGACUGGACUCUGCAACAAAACUCAUUGUGCUAGGCUGUCUUUAGUAUUGCCUAGCCAUGGCCGGUAGAUCCAGGCCAAUGAGUUUGUAAUCACUUUGCAGGUCAUGCAGAGCUACAGCAAAAUUUGCCUUUCUUCAAAACAAACAAACAAAACACCCCCCACACAUUUAUGUCCUCUGCACUUCCAAUAUGAAGCAUUCUUGGCUAGGACAGCACUGUGACAAAUUCCAACAAUCUAUCAGCCUAUAGUUGUGAACAUCAAUGAUAGAAAUGGGAUGGAGGCAUUCUUUCAUUGCUUACAUUGGCAUGUCUGCCUCACAUAAUUUUUGUGUCUAUUUCAUGUUUAGACCCCCUUUAAAAACCUUAUACAUUAGUGUGUCGUGCUCCAACUGGAAAUGGUUUUAGGAGCAGACCACAGUCAUGCCAAACUUCAUAUCUAUAACCAACGUGUGUGUGUGUAAAAAUUACUUGAUUUUUACAGGCUACCUAAUAAAGGACUAGUGUAAAUCAAAGCUUACAUACUGACAGAAACAUGUCCAGUACCUUUCAUUCUCUAGAACUAAUGAAGCAAUGUUCUUCCAAACUUUAAAAUAUUAAUUUACCUUCUAUUUUCUAGAUGACGUGUUUCUUAGCACACCAAUAUACCCCUUAUAAUCCAAUGGGACAGCAAUUUCCUUGCUAUCAGAUGGCAUCACCACCGUCGUUUCCAAGUUUUCCUGUUCCAGCCUAUCUGAAUCCAGGACUAACCUCUUUUGAAUGUGUGUACCCAGAGCCAAAGAACCACACACAGUAUCUGGUUAAGGAAGGUUCAUCUAAAAGGAAAAGGUCUCAGGAAACUAGUGACAGUGAUAGUAGUGUGGGAAAUGAUAGGAAAAAAACAAAAAGAAAGUCAACAAAACUAUAA